AUGUCCUUUUUUUGUUAUUUUUACUGUAUGUGCGUUAUUAUGUUUUUUCUUCGACUUGUGUACAUUUACGAGUUCAGUAUUGUUGUUACCAUCAUUUAUUUUGUCUUAAUUGCCUUGCUGGUGUUUUACUUAUUUCUCCGGAGGAAGGGGAGUGGGACGGGAGGUGUUCGUAGGCUUCUCAGCGCAAACGGAAACGCAAUUUGUGGGGUUUGA